ACAUGCGCAGUGGCGCUGAGGCGAGGUCGCCGCGAAGCCGAGGCGCCGAGGGUUCUGGGCCGGGCUUCUCAGGGCCGGGCUGGGGCGUGCGGCUCCUGGCCGAGACGCGCUGUGCUUUCCGGAGAAGGGAAGUGGCGGAGCCCGAGGCCCUUGUGCAGCUCGGGACCGAGCCCGCCACGCAGGCUCCCGCGACGCCGCCGCCAUUGUUGCCUGUGGCCUCUCGGGCUGCUCCGGCUGCGCGUCGGCCCGGUCCCGGCGACAGGACCUUUUAUCCAUCCCUGCAAGUUCUGGGCUCGGAAUUUGUAACUAAGGCUGCUAACUCUACCUUGCUUCUGUUCUGCCCUUAGCUGUGGCAGUCCUUGAUAAAAUGUCUUUGUGGCUCUAGCAUGAGACUUCAAGCAGUUGGCUCACUACUGAAGAAAUAAAAGAUAUCACCAGAUUGACUCUCCUGUCUGUAGCAAUGUUAGCCUCAAGCAAGAGGAUGGCCAGUUCUUCACGCUCCCAAAUCCUUCUAAUGCGGAAGCCAGACAAGGCUCAAAUUGGACACCACAAUGUUGGGAAGGAAACCCUUACUGCAAGACUCUUGCGUGACACUGAGACCUGUCGACAGAAUUUUAGGAAUUUUCCAUACCCAGACCUGGCUGGUCCUCGAAAGGCAUUGAGUCAACUCCGAGAGCUCUGCCUUAAAUGGCUGAGACCUGAGAUUCACUCAAAGGAACAAAUCCUGGAGCUGCUGGUGCUGGAGCAAUUCCUGACCAUCCUGCCUGGGGAGGUUAGGACUUGGGUAAAGUCCCAGUAUCCAGAGAGCAGCGAGGAAGCAGUGACUCUGGUGGAGGAUUUGACUCAGAUUCUAGAAGAGGAAGCUCCUCAGAACUCUGCCCUUUCCCAAGAGACCCCAGAGGAAGACCCCAGAGGAAAACAUACUUUCCAAACAGGGUGGCUAAAUGACUUGGUGACCAAAGAAUCAAUGACAUUCAAAGAUGUGGCUGUGGACAUCACCAAGGAGGACUGGGAGCUAAUGCGUCCUGUACAGAAGGAGUUAUACAAGACUGUGACAUUACAGAACUAUUGGAACAUGGUUUCUCUGGGACUUACAGUGUACAGACCAACUGUGAUUCCCAUAUUGGAAGAACCAUGGAUGGUGAUAAAAGAAAUUUUAGAAGGCCCUAGUCCAGAAUGGGAAACUGAAGCCCAAGUGUGUACUCCAGUACAGGAUAUUUCUAAACUCACAAAGGAUGGAACCCAGACCAUCAAAUUAGAAGAAUCAUAUGACUUUGAUGACAGAUUACAGAGACAAGCAACAGAUACUUUCUGGAAAAUUUCCACUAAUGAAAGAGAUUUCAUUUUGAAGUCAUUCCCUUCACAAGAAGACGACCCUACAGAAGAUUAUCUUAGUAAAUAUGAUAUAUAUGGAAAUAAUUUUGAAAAGCAUUCAAACCUAGUUUUACAGUUUGAUACCCAAUUAGAUAAUAAAACAUCCAUAUAUGAUGAAGGCAGUACAGCCUUCAAUCAUGUCUCAUAUGGUGUUGUACAUGGGAAAAUACUUCCUGGAGACAAGCCUUACAAAUGUAACGUGUGUGGGAAAAAAUUUAGGAAAUACCCAUCCCUCCUGAAACACCAAAGUAGCCAUGCCAAAGAGAAAUCUUAUGAAUGUGAAGAAUGUGGGAAAGAGUUUAGGCAUAUCUCAUCCCUCAUUGCACAUCAGAGAAUGCAUACCGGAGAAAAACCAUAUGAGUGCCACCAGUGUGGUAAAGCCUUCAGCCAGCGUGCACACCUCACUAUACAUCAGAGAAUUCAUACUGGAGAGAAACCCUAUAAGUGUGAUGACUGCGGGAAAGACUUUAGUCAACGUGCACACCUUACUAUACAUCAAAGGACACAUACUGGAGAGAAACCAUAUAAAUGUUUGGAAUGUGGUAAAACCUUCAGCCAUAGUUCAUCACUGAUUAACCAUCAGAGAGUUCAUACUGGAGAAAAACCUUAUAUAUGCAAUGAAUGUGGGAAAACUUUCAGUCAGAGUACACACCUUCUUCAGCAUCAAAAAAUACAUACUGGAAAGAAACCAUAUAAAUGCAAUGAGUGUUGGAAAGUGUUUAGUCAGAGUACUUACCUUAUUCGACAUCAGAGAAUUCAUUCUGGAGAGAAGUGUUAUAAAUGUAAUGAAUGUGGAAAAGCCUUUGCGCAUUCCUCAACUCUUAUUCAACAUCAAACUACUCACACAGGAGAGAAAUCCUAUAUAUGCAAUAUAUGUGGGAAAGCCUUCAGCCAGAGUGCAAAUCUUACUCAGCAUCACAGGACACAUACUGGAGAGAAACCAUAUAAAUGCAGUGUGUGUGGGAAAGCAUUCAGCCAGAGUGUGCACCUUACUCAACAUCAGAGGAUUCAUAAUGGAGAAAAACCCUUUAAAUGCAAUAUAUGUGGGAAAGCAUAUAGACAAGGUGCAAAUCUUACUCAACAUCAAAGGAUUCAUACUGGAGAGAAACCCUAUAAAUGUAAUGAAUGUGGGAAAGCUUUUAUUUAUUCCUCAUCACUUAAUCAACACCAGAGAACUCAUACUGGAGAGAGACCCUAUAAAUGUAAUGAAUGUGAUAAAGAUUUUAGCCAGAGAACAUGCCUUAUUCAACAUCAGAGAAUUCACACAGGAGAGAAGCCCUAUGCAUGUCGUAUAUGUGGUAAAACUUUCACCCAGAGUACAAACCUGAUUCAGCAUCAGCGUGUUCAUACGGGUGCCAGACAUCGUAAUUAAUUGAUAAGGGAGACUUCAUUUAGGUUUUACAACUUGAUCAUUUAAAUUUUAUUUUGUGCACAGUGUGUUAAAAUAUUAUUCAAUAGAAGAAGUCUGAAGUGCAAUAUGUUAGAUACGACUCAGAAGUAUCAGAAUUAGUAAUAUGAAUAUAACCUAUUUAAAUUUAAUGUGAAAGUUAAGAAGGAAACCUCAUUGACUUCUUAACCUUUAUUUGCUAUCAGUUUAAUUCAUUCUAGAAAGAAACCCUAUGACAGGGUAUUCAAAAACCUGUAACUCAUCAACUCUUACUGUAUUUCAAGUACUUCUUAAUGAGGCCUUAUGAGUGUAACUUGGGAAAACGUCCGUCAAAUAGAAAUUUCACACUAGAGGGUAAUCCUGAGAUUAUGAGAGAAAAAGCUGCUUUCAGGCCUUUACAUCUCCCAGUAUUGAAGCCUUAAAAUAUGUAAAGGGUUGCCUCCCCUUUUCCUGUCAUGCCAUAACUACCAUAUGGAGCCAGUAGAUUUGCAAAAAAAAAAGUUGAAAGUAUUUUAAAGAUUUAUAUGUGGCCACUGUUUAAUUCCAGUUUCCCUCAAAUAUUGAAUUAUUGAAGAAAAGCUUAAUGAAAAAUGAUGUUAGGAUAAAGAAACUAAUGUGUAUAUAACACUUAGACAUGUGUACAGAUUUAGUUAAACAGGCAAAAAAUAAGACACUCCAAGCUUAAAUUAAUCUUUAAAACAUGUUAGCCUUAGUUUCACUGGGUUUUGACAUACAAGGGCAUCCUGAAGGAAAAAAUAGGCAUACAGUUCCCAUUUUUUUCACCUGACUCCUAAAUUAAUAACUUAAGGUUUCUCUGUGACUGUUUACUGUAGAAAGUCCAUUUCUUCCACUGAAACACAUGUUUCUUGAGUGCCUACUGUGCUCAGGUCCCAAAUUUCCUAAUUGGAUGCUUUCAGGGCUUAAUACAGUAUUAAAAAUCACAGCAGAUUUAAGCAACAAAAAGCUUUCUGUAGUAAUGAGAAAGUAAGGACAUGAUCUUAACUGUUUUAUCAUGGAGUGAACAUAAGAAACUGUCAAAAUGGGUUGCCAGAUGCUAUCCCAUAUCCCAAGACAAGGAAGUAAUGAAAGCAGCUAUGUGAGGAAUGUGGGAAAAACAAGUAACGGAAAAUAGAUUUGAGUUCACCGCUGAAAGUGGCUUAGGGAAAAAGGUGAAAGCUUAAUGGAGUGAGGAAAGAGAAUGCAUAGGUAACAUACAUGAAAUGUAGCUGGACUUGCUUUACCUAAGAAAAUAAGAGUGGCUACAUAAGAAAGCAAAAUUCAUACUGUUGAUAAGAAGAAACUAAAAAUGACUGAUUUUUAAGGAAUAAUUGGAAACCUGGUACUCCAUACAUAACAAGUAAAAUAGAGAUUACUCUUAGUAUGUCAGGAAAGAAAAUUCAUUGGAAAAAGCAUUGAUGCAGAAACUUUCAUUGGUACAGUAGUCAUUAAACAAUGAUAACUGAAUUUUUGGGUCCUAAACAACAUAAAAGGAAAACUGGCAGGAAUGCAAAUUGAAAUAGGUACAAAUACUAUUUAAUAUUAUAUUUAAUAUUCACAGCAUUCCACUAUCUGAAUAUAUGACAAUAUUCUGAGAACUUAGAUUCAUCCUGUUCAUAUUUGUUUCUCCAGUGCCUUGCAUAUAGCAUGUGGUCUAUACAUAUUGGCUGAAUUAAUGAAUAAAUUACAUAAAUUAGAAUUGAGUAAUAAGAUAGAAUUGACUGGCAUGGACUGAAAAUUGGUAGAACAAUACUUUUUUGUACAGACAUCAAAUAUUUAAUAAGUAUUAUUUAGUGGGUAAUAGGAAUUGCUUAAAAAUGGAGAAUCAGAUUUCAUGGGCCAUCUUUGCACAAGGAAAUUUUCCUGAACUAAAUGAGAGAAAAUUGAUAUGUUAAUAGAUUCUGGUGCCAUAAACAUCAAUUUAAGCAUUA